AUGAUUCUAUUCCAUUCGAUUUCCAAAACCCCCAAUUGUAAAAAUAUGGUAGCUGAGGCGGAUGUUACCGUUUCCGGCAAAGAAGCCGUCGGCUUGAUAUUCACAUACGGAACGUUAAAGCGAAACUUCUCGAACCACCCACUUCUCCAAGACCUAAUCCUGAAUGGCGACGCAUCUUUCAUCGGAACCUACCGCACCGUCCAGAAUUACCCUCUUGUAUGUGGCCCCUACCGUGUGCCGUUCCUUCUCAACAUUCCUGGGUCGGGUCAAUCUGUGUACGGAGAGCUGUACUCCGUCUCCGCGGACGGGCUUUCCAGAAUGGACGAACUGGAAGGAACCUCACGCGGUCAUUACGAGCGUCUCCCUAUCAAGGUGGUUCCUUCCGGCGAGGAGAUAGAGGCGAAGAUAACUUGCGCCGAGGCAUAUUACGCGCAUGAGAGCUACGCGAUGGAGAUGUGGAACAAGAAUGGAAAACAAGGGCUCAAGUGUUAUACAGAGAAAGAAACAAUUGGGUAUGUGAAGCGUAAAGAUAGACCUCAACAUUUAACUUUCCUUGAUCAUAUUCGAUUGUUCCUUUCUGAUUGAUGCCAUGCCACAUAAAAUUCAAACAAAAUACUAGUCUAUAGGGUUUAUUAUGUAUUUCCGAAUUAUCUUGUGUCUCAACCCCUCUAUUCCAAUGCUUGAGUUGGGUUUAAUUUAUAAAAUGCCUAAUAAAGGGUUGUGAAUCUUGUUUUUAUUUCUUAAUUUAUAAAAUGCCUUUUUCUCGUCUGAUAUGAACCUGCACAAUCAGAUGGUAAGUAGCUUAGUAAUUAAGCUAUGGUUUAUGUACUUGAGAUCAAUCUUUUACAAUUUACAAGACUUGGUUUAUGUACUUGAGAUCAAUCUUUUACAAUUUACAAGACUUGGUUUAUGUACUUGAGAUCAAUCUUUUACAAUUUACAAGACUUGGUUUAUGUA